GUCAGAAAAGAUAGUUGCUGUCAAGAUGAAGGUACUUGUGCUUUUUGCUUUUGCUGUGCUGGGCUGCAGCCUGGCUGGAGCUCGACUUGUGUCCAAAUGUGAGCUGAAGCAGCACCUUGCGGUGGUUUUCAACUCCCUGCCGGACAACAUAAAGCAAUCAGGACUGAGUGGAGACAGAUUCUUGGCCAAGGUGGUCUGUCAUGUGGAGCAGCUUUCAGGCUUUAACACCAGUGCUGUGACUCAGCUGGGAAAACAGAGUCAGGAGUCGAGUGAGAGUGGAUCUGCAUCUAAUGAGGGGGGCAAGAGCACGCCCCCUAAUCGCAAACAACGGUCCCCGCAAAAACAGGGGGGAAUAAGCAAGAAGGACGAUAAAGAUACGACUCUUUACGGCCUUUUCCAACUCCCAGAAGGCCUGGUUUGCAGCGACAACAUCACAUUACCCAAUCUGUGUGGCAUCAGUUGCAACAAACUAACUGAUGAUGAUAUUUCUGAUGACAUCAGCUGUGUGGUGAAGCUCCUCACUGAUAUUGUCAAAAAUGGCUUUAUGACGGAGAACUCAAAGAAGGUUUGGAAUGUUGUCAAGCAACUCAUAGACGACAAGUGCAAGAAUCUUAAUCAGUACUUCGGUGAAUGCUGAAAACGUUGUAUCAUCUUUAAAUCUCAAUAGAAUGAUCAGUCUUCUUUCAUCACACUGCUCAGAAAUAUAAAUAAAUAAAACUAUGCAGCAUG